AUGAAAAACUGUGUUUUGCAGACACGCCUGGUCGAAAGUCACACCACUGACGACUUAGCCAAAGGUCUGUCAGAAGCUGUGGAAGAUUGGAAGUUAGUGCGACCAAAUGUGACAAUACCUGUAACUACUGACAAUGCUAAGAACAUAGUUAAUGCUGUCACAGCUGCUGGGCUGGGGCCACAAAUCAGAUGUUUUGUGCAUACUAUUAAUAUAGCUGCUCAGAAAGGAAUGGCAGUGCAGAAGGUUUCCCAUCUCCUGGCAAAGAUGAGAAGAAUUGUCUCCUUCUUUCACAGAAGCAUAACAGGAUGCAAUGUGUUUAAGAAAAAACAGCAAUUGCUGCAGCUUAGUGAAAAAAAACUCAUUCAAGAUGUUCCAACUAGGUGGAACUCCUCUCAUGAUAUGAUGGAAAGAUACCUUGAACAGCAAGCUGCGGUGUAUGCUGCUAUGGCCGACAACACUGUGAAGAAGAGUAUGAAGAACAUUCAGAAUCUAACUCAGGAAGAACAUGCACUGGCUGAAAAUCUCAUUACACUCAUGAAAACCCUAAAAACUGUGACAGUCAUGAUGUGUGAAGCAUCAUCUCCAACGGCAUCCAUGAUCCUGCCACUUAAAAUGAACAUCCUGAACUCUAUGGCACAGUCUGAUGAUGACAGCCCAGCAGUGAGAGAUGUAAAAAAAAACAUCAGGGAGGACCUGGAGCAGAGAUACGCUGAUCCUGCCCUUCAGAAUUACCUACACAAGUGCACAGCUUUAGAUCCUCGAUUCAAGUCCCUGCGACACUUGGAUGAUGUCACUCAGCUGAGAGUCUAUGGAGCACUCACCACAGAGCUUGUCCUGAGCAUUGAACAAGACCAAGCCGCAGGCACCACAGAAACUGCGACCUCCGCAGAGACUCAAACAGCAAACUCUUCAGAUUCACCAUCAGCAUCUCCACCAGAGAAAAAGUUGGCCAUGAAGGAGUUGUUUGGAGAACUGUUCAUGGCACAGGAGCCAAGGACCAGGUCUGCAGCCGAAGUGGCAGAGGAGGAAAUUAACUUGUACAGGUUAGCAGACUGCAUUCCCACAGAUGAUAACCCACUGAGAUGGUGGAAGAAACAUCAGAGCUUGUACCCUCAUCUUUCCAAGUUGGCACAGUGUUACUUGGUUGUACCUGGAACCUCUGUCCCAAGUGAGAGGGUGUUUUCCACAGCAGGUGACAUUGUCACAGCAAGCAGAUCUGUACUGUCAGCAGAACAUGUGGACAUCCUAAUUUUUCUGAAGAAGAACAUGGAAAUUGAGUAAACUAUGUUUUGGUUUGUAUUUAAGUGGACCUUUUAUUUAAGUUGUUUAUGUUGUAUAUGCAGCUAAGUGCUAGCACUCCAGAAGAUGUGUUAGGGGAGGUCCAUUAAAGAGUGGUUCAUUUUAUGGGUACCUGAUUUGUUUAAUAUGCUGCUGAGACUAUACCCCAGAAUCAGGGUAUAGAAUAGCUUUUAUUUUCAUUUAUUUUUUAUUCUUUACAUGGUGGUUUUUUGGUUUUACAUGGUGCUAAGUAUGCACAACAGAAAAUAUGUGAAGUAUAGCUUUACCAGAUUUAAGUUUUCAUGUGUUUUCUGUACACCAUAGAACAAUGGUUCUAAAAUUG